AUGAGAUAUCCCGUGAAAUUGCCGCGGCCGUUGACAUCUCUCGGUCCUUGUCUGAGAGUUGCACGACAACCCUCGGCAUCAGGUUCCAAGUUGGAUCGCGGCUUCUUUACACAGUCGAAACGUCGAAGGAGACACCAGCAGCACACAAGCAUACCGGCAACUGUCCUUGCGCUGGGACUCUUCACAUGGUGGCUGUACCCGUCAGAGGACUUUGCUCGCCUUUCCGAGAGCCAAAAAGCUAAGAGGAGGAAAGAAGAGGGACGAGAAGGCGACGCUCAGGAAUCCUAUCAGCUCGUGACUGAAAAAACUGACGAUGGCGCGUGGGCUUACUUCGCGCGGCAGUUCGAAUUCCUCUCGGCCACGGCUGAGCUCGAAUGGGCUGCUCUGUCCGACAAGCUGGUUGAUGCCAUUACCCCGGAGUGGUGGAAAAACAUACCCAUGUAUGUGAGGAAGCUUCAGCGGGAGCUAUCCGUGUCUCCAGGAUCGCUGGCAGAAGAGAUAUGGCAGGAGGCUCAUGACCCUUUAAUCAACCCCGAGAUCCGGUACACUGCUAAUGUCCGAGUCUCCUCGGAACUAUGUGAUGAAGAAAAGGAUUACCUGUUGAGACGGAAACUUGUCACUAGGGCGGCGUUGGCAAGCUAUCUCGGACUUGAAGAAAAAGACAUCAACCCCGAUGAUGUGCCAACGAUUGCCAUGUGCGGAUCAGGAGGGGGGAUGCGGGCCCUGAUAGCAGGCAGUGGAUCUAUGUUUGCGACAGACGAGGACGGACUCUUCGACUGUGUUACGUAUACGGCCGGCGUAAGUGGUUCGUGUUGGCUUCAGCUACUCUACCUUUCUUCCUUUUCGAAAGGGAGUGUUGGCUCUCUUAUACAGCAUCUGAAAGCCAGAGCAUCUACGCACAUAGCAUACCCGCCUGUUGCCUUUCAAUCUCUCACUUCUCUACCGACAAGCAAGUAUUUGCUGAGUGGACUGGUGGAAAAACUCAAGGGAGACGCCCACGCUGACUUUGGCCUCGUCGAUAUAUACGGGUUACUACUAGGAGCCAGGUUCUUGAUUCCAAGGGGUGAACUGGGCGUUGAUGCUAGAGAUUUCAAGCUAUCGAAUCAGCGCCUAUACCUGCGGCAUGGACAACGCCCACUGCCCAUUUACACUGCUGUCCGCCAUGAAAUUCCCGCGGCAGAGCCUCAGGACCCGCCAAAGCAGGAUCCCCCAAUGAGCACGGUGGAAGAGAUAAAGAAGGAACCUUACUUUCAGUGGUUCGAGAUCACUCCCUAUGAGUUCUUUUGCGAGGAGUUUUCUGCCGGGAUACCGACAUGGGCCCUCGGUAGACGCUUUUCCGAUGGGCGCGACGUGUCUGAUCAUGGAUUCCACCUACCAGAAGUAAGGACGCCUCUUCUGAUGGGUAUAUUUGGAAGCGCAUUCUGCGCAACGCUCAGCCAUUACUAUCGCGAGAUUAGACCCCUUCUUAGAACGAUUACGGGAUUCCAGACGAUAGAUGACUUGGUGUCAGUCCGAAAUGGAGAUUUGAGCAAAGUACACCCUAUAGAUCCUGCCAUUAUCCCUAAUUUCGCCUAUCAGAUGUACGGGAAGCUGCCUCGCACGACGCCAAGGAGCAUUCUGGACGGAGAGUAUAUUCAGCUCAUGGAUGCGGGAAUGUCAAACAACUUGCCCAUAUACCCACUGCUCCGGCCUGGACGAAAUGUCGACAUCCUCAUUGCCUUUGAUGCCUCGGCCGACAUCAAGACGGACAAUUGGCUUUCUGUUGCGGAUGGCUAUGCACGACAGCGUGGAAUCAAGGGAUGGCCGGUGGGCAUUGGCUGGCCAAAACCCGACGAGACACCGGAGCAGGCAAGAAAGGAGCUCGAAGAAGCUCAGGCUAUGACACCCGCCGAGGCAGAACGCAAGGUAGAAGAAGCUCAGGCUACCCAGGAGGACCUUCGCAAAGCCGCCUUAAAGCGCGAGGGUACCAAGGCGGCAAAGCUUGACGAAGAAUCCAAGUUCAUGCCCGGAAGUGAAAAGGCCGGCGAACUCGGCUACUGCUCUGUAUGGGUAGGGACAACAGAGGAGCGAUCUACGGACUCCCCGCCCAUUACAAAACCUAUCACGGAUGACACCUCGUGGAGAUUGAUGGAGCCGGACGCAGGGCUCACUGUUGUUUACCUCCCGCUUCUCUCCAACGACAAGAUUCCUGGCAUCUCUCCCGGCACCACGGACUACUUGAGCACAUGGAACUUUGUCUACACUCCGGAUCAGAUAGACAGCGUUGUGAAGCUCGCGCGCGCCAAUUAUGAUGAAGGCAAGGAUCAAAUUAGAGCCACGGUGCGUGCUGUCUACGAGCGCAAAAAGCAGCUGCGUGAGCAGGACGAGGCACAGCGCCGACUUGACAGCUACACUGCCAUGGCGCAAAAGGGGGAGGCAGCUCUCCUUCAUCACAACGACCAAUUCAGCUAG